AUGGAAAGUGAUGGAAAGCUAAAGAAACAGAAAAGCCAUCGUACAAGAGACGUGGGCAUUGAUCCUGACACACACUCACAACUCAUCAUAAUCAAAACCACUUCCAUUGCUUCAAUCUCAAACUCCCAAACAUUCACUCAACAUAUCCCGAUGCAGAACACAUAUCUAAUACACUCAAACAUAACUGAAUUUUCAAUGUUACCAUCAUUUACAUAUACUUCUUAUAGUUCAAGUCAACUUCACAAUGAAAAAUUGAUAGAAAAAUUGAGCAUGGUAAAUUCAUUGAAGCUUCAAAGUUCACAUCUUGAAGGAGAAGGCAAAGAAUAUCCUAAAAAUAGAGUGAGGAAA